UUCUGUUCAAUCAAUUCAAACACCUGUUUCUAUAGGAAUUAGACCAACUUCAGUAACUGUAAGAGGGGGAGCAAAGAAAAGAAUGAGUGGAGGGGGUAAAAAAGCAGGUACAGGAACUCGACCUAAACCUAUAACGACCGAAAAAAAUGAUGAUACGAUGUUAGCUCAGUCUUUAAGUAAAAUAGCUAACGACUAUUCUAAACAAGUUCAACAAUUUGGACAAAAUACUCCCGAAGGUCAAGCAGCUUAUAAAAAGUAUGUAGAUACGAUGCAGGCUUUAGAACAACAUAAACGAAAUAAUCAACUCGAAUAUAAUAAUAUACAAACCAUUCAACAAUUAAGAAAUGAAUUAUAUCGAGUUACAAAUUUAUUACAACAAGACAAUUUAGUACCUACAAUGAAAGCAGAUUUAGUGAAUAGAGCGAAUAUAUUAAAUCAAUUAUCUUCAAAAUUUAAUUCUACUAAUUCAAAUACUGGAACUAUUCAACAACAACCACCACCACAACACAUGUCACCUCAAUCACCUUAUAAUUCACCUCGAGGUUAUUUAGGUCCUUCAAGUCAUAUGCAAGAUGUAAGAACUACUUUAAUGCCUCAUUUAAUUCAAAAUGUUAAUACAAAUUUACCAGAAACUCCAGUAUCUUUGUCAUUACCUGAAUCCGAUGAUGGUGAUAAACAACUUUUAUCAAAACGUAAAAUUCAACAAUUGGUGGAUCAAAUCGAUCCAAAAGAAAGAUUAGAACCGGAAGUGGAAGAA